CAGCCGACGAGCUUCGAGCCGCCUUAGGACGUGUCCGAACCCACAAACGAGCACUUGAAAGUGUUGAUUGACCUGACUUGUACGACCUACCUACGGAUAUGACGAAGCUUUUCCACACCCGCCAUGUUCACCCACGUACCGAUGCGGCUCCGCGCCCUUAGGGCACAGGCUCUGGGUCUGGGCACACCCGUCGACAGGAACAUGCCCGAGGCGGCUCUUCGCCGCUUCGCCCAGAUGGACGAGGGGCAGGCCAUGGCCGAGCUCGGCACCGGCACCUCCCGCAACGGCCUUGCCCAGGCCGAAGCCACGGCCCGCCUCAAGAGCCACGGCCCCAACGUCGUCUCGGCCAAGGCGCCGCCCCCGUGGUGGCUGCUCCUCCUCAUGGUCAUCCCCAACCCGUUCAACCUUCUCCUGGCUUUCAUCGCCGUCAUCAGCGUUGCGUCUCCCGAACGUAGCUGGGAGACCUUGGGCGUCCUCAUGGCUAUGAUCGCCAUCUCGUCAGGGGUGCGCUUCUGGCAGGAAUACCGAAGCCUCGUGUCCGUUGUCAAGCUGCAGAACUCGAUCACCACCAACGCCAGGGUGCGCCGGCGGCCCGGCCAGGGAGCUGAAAAGCCCGGGUCCGGGUCUGAGCCCGAGUCGGUCGAGCUGUCUGUCCACGAGAAGGAGGUGGUGCCUGGGGACAUCCUGCUCCUGUCCCCUGGCGAUGCCGUGGCCGCAGACUGCAUGAUCCUCGAGGCCAACUACCUCCGUGUCAGCCAGUCAAGCCUUACCGGCGAGAGCAUGCCUGUGACCAAGGCGCCGGGGGCACACGCGGCCGAGACCAAGAACUGCGAAACGGCCUUUGACCUGAAGAACGUGGCUUUUAUGGGCACCAGCGUCGUCUCGGGCAGUGCGAUUGCCCUGGUGCUGCGGACGGGCGACGAUAGCGUCAUCGCGUCCAUCAUGCGGCAGCUGUCGAAGAAGCGGGAGCCCAACGCCUUCCAGCGCGGCAUCCGCAACGUCACCUAUAUGCUCAUCGGGUUCAUGCUGGUGAUGGUGCCCAUUGUUCUCGGCAUCUCCGGCCACGUGACCGGCGACUGGGCCCAAGCUGCACUCUUCUCCGUCAGUGUAGCCGUCGGCCUGGUGCCCGAGAUGCUGCCCGCCAUCGUCAACACAAACCUCGCGCGCGGCGCCCACCUCCUCUCCAGCAAGAAGGCCAUCGUCAAGCGGCUCGACGCCAUCCAGAACCUGGGCGCGAUGACCGUGCUCUGCAGCGAUAAGACCGGCACGCUGACCAAGGACGAGGUGCGCAUGGACGCCUUCGUCGACUGCGCCGGCCUGAGCAACUCGGGCGUCUUUCAGCUGGCCUACAUCAACGCUGCCGCCCAGGGGCCCCAGGGCAAUGCCAUGGACGCCGCCAUUGUCCGGCACAACGAGACGCCUGGCGAGUCGAUCACCGUCCCGUACCACGAGUACGUCGCCGUCCUUCCCUUCACCUUUGAGAGGCGCCGCUCCAGCUGCGUGGUCCGCGGCUACACGCACCAGCAGAUGCUCAUCUGCAAGGGCGCCUUCGAAGAGGUCCUUGCCCUCUGCAGCCGCGUACGCCGGGGCCCCAAGGAGGAAGCUCUCGACGGCGCGACCCGUCAAGCAAUGGCCUCCCAGGCCGACAAGCUCGCCGCCGGUGGCUACCGUGUUCUCCUCGUGGCCACCAAGAAGAUCCCCAAGCUGCCGGCCGUCGUCGCCGCGGGAGACCAGGACGCCAUGGAGGACGCCCUCCAAGAGCUUGAAGCCUCCAUGACCCUCGAGGGUCUGCUCACCUUCCUGGACCCCGUCAAGGACGACGCCGCCGAGUCAGUCGAGCGCCUGCGAAGCGCCGGCGUCGAGGUCAAGGUUCUCACGGGCGACAACCUCGCCGUGGCCGUCAACAUUUGUCAGGCCAUCGGCAUCGCCGCGGACAGCCCCAACUCGGACGACGUGCAGGCCAUCACGGGCCCCGACCUGGCAGCCCUCGACGGCGAUGUCGACGCCUUCGACGCCGCCGUCCGAACCUGCCGCGUCUUCGCCAAGCUGACGCCCUCGCAGAAGGGCCAGGUCGUCCGCCGGCUGCGCGCCCAUGGCCACUGCGUCGGGAUGCUCGGUGACGGCGUCAACGACUGCGUCGCCCUCCGCGCCGCCGACGUUGGCAUCUCCGUCGACAGCAGCGCCCGCGCCGCCAAGGACGUCGCCGACGUGAUUCUCACGGAAAAGGGCCUCGGCAUCGUCGCCGACGGCGUCCGCACCGGCCGCGUCACCUACGGUAACUCGAUCAAGUACAUAAAGAUGGUGGCGUCUGCCAACUUCGGCAACGUCUUCAGCAUCCUCAUCGCCAGCGCCUGGCUGCCCUUCACGCCCAUGAGCCCUAUCCAGCUGCUGGUGCAGAACCUGCUGUACGACGUCUCCCAGAUCGCCAUCCCCUGGGACCGCGUCGACGACGAGGACCUCGCCCUGCCGCGCCGCUGGGCGUCCCGAGACCUGCUGCGCUUCAUUCUCGUGCUGGGCCCGACGUCGUCGGUCAUCGACAUUGCCACCUUCUGCUCUGGCUGGUUCUAUUAUGGAGUGCGCUCCGCGGAGGAUCCUCAAGCGGUUGCUCUGUUCCAGACGCAUUGGUUCCUGCAAGGGCUGCUCACCCAGACGCUCAUCGUGCACAUGCUGCGAACGGCCAAGAUCCCCGUCGUCCAGAGCCGCGCUGCGCCUUGCCUUGUCUUCGCGACUUGCGCCAUAAUACUCAUCGGCUUCUGCAUCCCCUAUAUCCCUCCCUUCAGGGAUGUCCUCAACAUGACCCGCCCUGCUGACUCCUUUGUCGGCAUCCUGGCCGCCUUGUUGGCCGCGUACUGUCUCGAGGUGCAGCUCGUCAAGAUGCUGUACGUGCGCAUCUUCAAGGCUUGGCUGUAGGCGGUUUGGUGGGAGUCGGU